GGCUUGUUGUUUUUCAUUUAUUUGUGUAAAACUAACACGGAAGAUUUAUAAAUCGUUUUUCUAAAACCCCAUGUAUUUACAUAUUAUAUUUUAGUUUCAUAAAUCUAUCCGGUUUAACAAAAUACUUUAUGUUCACAAUUUGUACGCAUUUUUCUGUGUUCUGUUUCCUGUGAGAAAUUAAUGAAUGGAGGUUAUGGGGUACAAGGUAGAUGCAACCAUUCUGUGGAUAAUCCAGCUGACACUAACAACUGCAUUAAAAUCUACAGUGAGGCUUUCACCUACAAUCGCUGAAGUCUUAGAAAAUGGAAAUGUCACAUUAACAUGCGCUUAUAAUGGUACCCAACACCAAACAUUUUCUAGUUGGAGAACAGCUGCGGAUAGUCAGCAGAACACUUUUAUAAGUAUGUCAGAUGAAAAUUGCAAAGCGACUGGCUAUUUAAACAAUGCCGAAUUAUACGACUGGGGCUGUCUUGGAAACAGUACGUUUGCAUUAACACUGAAGAAAGUAGGUCUUAGUCAACACCAAAGCAAAUGGACAUGUAGUCAGAACAAUAUACACAGCAAUGAAAUUACAAUCUUCGUUAAAGUGCCAAUAGAAUCUGUAACAAUGAAUAAAGAGAACAACGAUACGAUCACAAGCAUUGAGAACGCGACCCUUCAAUUCAAAUGUAGCACUUCAUAUUGCCGGCCUGCCCCUACCGUCAUAUGGGUACUUGAUUCUGGCACAUUAGAUCGAAAGGACGAUAAAGUUAUUGUAUCCGGAAACACGACACAACAAACUAACACCAACGACGAUAAUCUGAUUUCAUUAACCAGUACAAUUAGUUUCCAUGUAAACAGAUCUGUAAACGGCUGGAGUAUAUAUUGUUCAGGGCGAAACAUUCAAAACAGAAAUACUGCAAUAUCAACAGCGACAAAAUUAAAUAUCAUAUACCCACCUGAUGGGCCUCCAGCUAUUGAAGGGUUUAGUAACGGAAGCGGCUACACUGUUAUACAUGGUCAGCUAGGAAAGCUAUCUUGUUCGAUUACGGGAGGCAAUCCUCUGGCGGAACUAGCAUGGCAUUGUUAUAACGUUAGCUUGCCACCAGUUACAACUGACACAACAGUAAGAAGUAUCGUUACCUGGAGAGCAUCAAGAGAUCAAAAUAAUACUUGUGAAUGCACAUCUAACCAUACAUCAACUACGAUUAUAUCCACUGAGGUCAAUGUUAUUGUACAAUAUCCACCUUCAUUGCCAGUAUUUACAAUGGCUUCAGUUCCAGUACAUAAAAUAGUCAACAUUAUCGUGAACAAUACGCUGUCUAUCAAGUGUACAAGUAAUAGCAAACCGAUACCAACAUACAAGUGGAAUGCGCCUGUUUCGUCUAUAUCAUCUGGUCAGUCAUUAUACAUUGGAAAUAUCUCUAAGGCAGAUAACGGGACAUACAACUGUACUGCCGAAAAUCGUAUGUUUCCUUCCAAUCGAGAUAAUGUCACUGGCAGUAGUACAACAUCUAUUGAAGUUAAUGUUUUAUUUUCUCCUACCAUACCUAUAUUCCGCUACGGAAGUUCAAAUGGCAUUGUAAUUGAAAGUAACUCUCUAGACGUUGUAGAGAAUGAUACUUUGACUGUCGCAUGUAGCUCUAUUGCUAAUCCUGAACCAGAAAUCAGUUGGAGUGGGGAGACAACAAGUCGUGAUGUACUAAAAUUUGCCUCGAUUUCAGCAGAUUUUAACAAAACAUGUUAUGCUACAAACACCAUGAAUGAAACUGUAGGUGAAAGUCGUAUCGGAUCGACCGAAGCUGCAAUAUCAGUUAGAGUUCUGUUCCCGCCAAGAAAACCCACCAUCAGAUAUUUUACCACUCGAGGUCAUCAAGUAGAUUGCUUAUCUAAUAAUUUUAGUGUCAUAGAAAAGACAUCAUUCUCUAUGUCUUGUGUGGCUAUCAGUAGACCUGAACCAACGUACUCCUGGUAUGGUCCAAUUACAUCGACAAUUGCUGACUUGAAGAUUAUUGGCAUUAACAGAGUACAGAAGGGGGAGUAUUCCUGCAAUGCAUUUAAUACAAUGAAACGCACGUUUGGUAGUUCUCAAAGUGGUGAACAUGCACGAAACAUAUAUUUAAACAUUCUGUACCCUCCUACAAUUGGUCAUUUGACAAAUCAAACUGUAAUUGAAGGUUCACCUUUCAACAUUUUGUGCCCUGUGAAUCCUGGCAAUCCAGAACAAUCUACAAUUACCUGGACAAGAAAUGGAGACACUAAACAGUGGAAUACACAAACGUUACUCCUAUCAAAUACACAUAGAAAAGACCAUAUGAUAUAUACGUGCACAGUCUAUAAUACUAUGAAACCUAGUUGCGAAAAUGAGUCGAAGGGGAAAGCUAGUCGAAGCUUUCACUUGAAUGUCGUUUAUAAAACAUAUGUGAAAGAAUUUCAUGUAAAAGGAUUCGUGGGGCUGUCUGAAGUUACUGUUAAUGAGAAUGACUCGCUGGAAUUUAAAUGUUCAACAGAAAGCAAUCCAAAAUCUUCGAUAAAAAUUGGAUUUAAUGAAAAGAUUUUAAUAUUAAAGUCAGGUGUAAACACUUUGACAUACUCAGUCACUAAAGCAACAUGUUUACAUGAAGGAGUUUAUAAAUGUUUCGGAAACAAUACGUAUAACAAUGAAGAACCAUCAGUCAAACAUGUGACAUUACGUGUCAACUGUUUUCCUCGGCCAUCUCCAACUGUGCGAAUACGUGACAAGAUAUAUACAACAACACAUGUAACGGCUACACUUAGUUUCACAGCUUUGGCUUACCCAGUGCCCUAUCAAUCGAGUUUUAUAUGGCAGAGAAAGAUAGGACUGAUGUGGAGUACGCUGGCAAAUAGCACGCAAAUCAAAAUCAUUAGGUCCGGAUUGCUGACCAAUCUUACAAUCGUAAAUGUCACAAAGUCAGAUUUUGGGAAAUACCGCUUAUCUAUUGAAAAUGCAGUUGGUAUCUUUGAGCAGAUAUUUUACAUCGCAGCGAAAGCGCCACCGGACAAACCGUCUGAUUUUAAAGUAAUAGAAGAGAGAACGACAGACACAAGUGUAACUGUCAAAUGGAAACCAGGUUUAAACCAUGGAUCAGAACAACAUUUUAUCUUACAGUACAAGAAAGUUACCGACGAUGAAUGGAUCAGUAUAACUGUGACACAUAAUAAUGUUUCAACGCUCAAUUACACAAUUAAAGGUCUAUUGAGUGUCACACGGUAUAAAGCUAACAUUACUGCAAUGACCGAUGUAGGGAGUUCGGAUAAUCUGUUCAUCAUUUUCCAAACAAAAGGGAAACCCCUUAUUCCGCAGGAGAUAGAAAUUAUCCCUGAAAGUGUGAGAGAAAACAUCAGUUUCAUUGCAAUGGAGACCUGGCUCUGAUGGUGGAGCACCACAGACAUUUAUUUUAAAAUACAGCAAAUUUGUCGACAAUGAAUGGACAAACAUAUCAUUUUGUGACAACGAUGACCAAUUGCAGAGGCGAAGUAUCAAUAAUUUAAGCAGUGGAUCCCAAUACAAAUUAGUCAUACUAUCAUCAAAUAGGUUCGGAACCUCGGACGAAUCUGAGACAAUCACUUUUCAAACAAAAGAUAACACGUCAGACAAACCUAAGGAACAAUCAUCAAUUUUCAUUGGUUUACUAGCGGGACUCUCAGUGUCAUCCUUACUCAAUGUUAUUCUUACCAUUUUGGUUAUUCGUUUGUGGAAAAGGCGGAGUUUUCAAGGUCAUAUGAAAGUCC